CUGUUAAUGAGUUUGAUAAUUUACCCGGCUCAUUCCUGCGGGAGGGAGGGCUCCGAGCGCAGCGCGGCUCUUCCCCGGCGAGCAGGGGCCGCUCCGCAAAUCCCCGCACCGCAAAUCCCCGCACCGCACCGCAGCCCCGCACCGUCACCCGCACCAUGCCGGCCCUGGGGCUCGUCGCCCUCGGGCUCCUCCUGGUGCUGGAGCCCGCAAGCUGCCAGCAAGCCAGGGGUAAGCUCCAGCCAUGGUCGCAAGGUGUCAUCGCAGCGGUGGUGUUCCUGGUGCUGGUGGCGAUCGUCUUCGUGGUCAACAGGUUCUGGUGUAACAAGAAGAGGAGGGAUAACGUUGAGUCAGGGGUGACCACAGGGGGCAAGGAGGAGGCUGUCACGUCCAACGGGCACGAAGGGACAUACGCGAGCACCGCAAAUGACUUCAGGUCCAAGGAGAGCACGCACGCCUACGAGAACACGCUGGAGCUGGAGGAGAGGGUGGUGACCACCGCCAUGUAGCAGCAUCCCCCUGUCCCAUUUUCCUUUCUCCACCCCUCGCCCUGCCUCCCGUGGCCACGCCGGGACCCUUUUCCCCGAUGUCCCCCCGCACGGAGCCUGUCCCAGCCCUGCCAUCUCUGUCCCUUUCUCCCCACCACGUCCCGGCUGCAGGACCUGCUGCUCUGCCCCCCUGCCAGCCCCACCGGGGCACUGCGGGGCCGCUGACCUGAUCUGGACAUGCACGGGGGUCCUUGUGGGGUGUGUGGGAUCCCCUUUUCCCCCCCACACACAUCCCCAGCUGCCCUCGGGGAAGCUGGCGAUCCAGAACCCGCUCUCGUCUCCCCAUCUCACCCUCCUUUCUACGAGCAAAGGCCCUACAGCACGUGUCUUCGUUUCAGAACAAAUCUCCUCCCCUGUACAUAUCUUCCCUGCCAGCAAUAAAGAGGAUUGCUGUGCAUGCGGGGUCAUUUCCCUGAUCACCCGCAGGACUCUCUGGCAUCUCGCAGCGCUCCCAGCCUCCGGGCGCUUCGGGGAAGGUGGUGCAGGGUGGGAAGGGUGCUCAGACAGGGGCCAGCACCCCGUGAUCCCCUGGGUAGGAUCUGUUCCUUAUUUCCUAGCUCAGAUGAA